AUGGCAGACGCGUCUAUCAUCCCACCACCACCUCAUUUCGACGCGCCAUGGGUCAAUCGGCCCAUCCUCGUCACCAGUGGUCCUUUACAAGGAAAAUGGAUCAGAGCCCAACUGGACGUCCAGCAGCAGCCACGACGAGGUCGAAAGGGUGCAAUACAUGAUCUUCGACCUCUGCAUCCACCUCCAACCGUUCGGCUUCGUCUUUUCGAGGUGGAGCAUCCUGUUCCCCGCUGGAUGCCCAUACCCGGGUCGAGUCCUCCAGCACUCCAGUUUCAAGAAGAGCCAGAGUUACCUCCACCAGACGCGAAGGAAGUGAGCAUAACCAUCACCGCCAGGCUGACGACGCACUUUUUGUGCUUUGCUUCGCUCUUCAAGGUUCACCCACCAACGCGCGAGCGGGAGUAUGGCAGAGUUGACCGCAAAAUCCUCGUUGGACCUGUUGAUGCGUCUGGUGCACCUGUCGACCCUCAGCUUGGGACGAGAAAUCCAGCAACGACGGUCAUCGAGCGCCCAAAGAGCGAUAAGAGUCGAUCAUGGAGGUCCAUCAGAGCACAUCCAAUGACGGCCAUUUCCUGUCAGGAUCCGAGCUGGCAGAGCGCUGUAAACGCCGCAUGGGCGAGGUUUCAUCAAGAGGGCAAAGUUUCCAACCCACCUCAGGCAUUGGAUAGUACCCAGGAACAGUCAAGAGGAACCGCCACUGUGGUAGGGGACCUCAGCUUACCGGAAAUGAUGGUGCUGGAAAGGUACCUACCUCGCGAGCCUCCAAAGUGGGUCAUACCGUAUGCAGAUGUGACGUCGCAAUUGUCCAAACGCGAAACGGCCGGCCACCUUAUCCCUUCGUGCGAAAAUGGCGAGCCCGCACUCUACUUUGUGUUCUCGGACCUCGCUAUCCGGACCGAGGGCUAUUUUGCGCUGAGGUUUCACGUCAUUAACCUGGACUGGCAUGUCGACCCUCGCUUCACCCGACAAGGCCCCGCUCUUUACGCCCCGCUCGCGGACUGCGUGACGGAUACGUUUGCAGUCUAUUCGACGAAAGAAUUUCCAGGUCUUCCACCUACAACAGAGUUUACCUCCUAUCUUGUCCGGCAAGGGGUUCGUAUCCGCUUCAGGGAGGACAGGCCCGCAGACACGGCCCUGGGCUCUGAAGGUCGGACUCGCCCCCCUCGAAAGAACUCCAAGUCGGCUGCCGCAACCAGUCCCGACGGAAUAGACGACUUUGCGCAACAAACUCCGCCUUCACUGCCUCCGAUGAACACUUACGGCGAGGAAAGUGCCAGAAACGAGUCGUGGAGCCCCCAGAUACUUCAAGUUGCUGCAGAAGUGUACAAAAAUAACCACCGACCCUCCAUUUUCGGGCCUUUGUCUGUACACGAGGACGCAGACGAGCCCCAGGCGAGCCCUACUGCGGAGCAUCACACUCAAACGGGGCAUCCAUAUCCUCCACAAAACCCAUCGCCUGUCUCCCAUCAAUUCGUUCCUCAAGGCCGUCGAACCUAUCCUUUGGUGGCAAACAUGGCUGCCGGAUUGACGCUUCAGGAUAGUUACCAGACAUCCCCCACAGAAUAUUCGUCUAUUCAUCCGAAUUCGUCGCCUUCUACGUAUCCACGUGAGGCGGCAAUACCCACCAACGUUUCCCCUCUCGGCUAUGCGCACUAUACCGAGACUGGUUACCCGCAGCUUCCUCCCAUCAACAUACCACCAUCAAACGGGGCCCAUUGGCGAGAUCAAGACCGCACGGAUCCGCGAUCAGCAGAGGCGUUGUCCAGCCCUGUCGACCGUCCAGGACACCGAUAUACACCAUAUCCGCCUUCUGGCCAUCCCUUUGAUAAGAUGCCAUCGUAUUGA